AGGGUGGAUUUAUGCAGCACAAAUUUACACCAAACUCCAACUUACAUUUACACUUCAACUUCAACUAAAAAGUCAAACCUCUUGUUCGACAUGGUUGAUUUUAUGCAGAGAAAUUGAAACUAAACUCGAACUAUCAAGUUGGCCAACUUUCAACUUUCUAGUGUAAAUGUUAGUUUUUGAUAUUACUGCGCAAUUGUUAGCGCUCAUUUUAAAUUGCGCGCGCGAUAUAAUGGCUUGACAGAUGAAAGAAUUCACAAUUUUAUAACCUUCAAAUUUAUUAUUGAUGUUUGUCGGAUUUUUUGCUCUUUAUCAGUUUUUUUCUGCCAAAAUAAUUUCCAGUUGUGAAGUUUUCUUAUUAUAAUGGCAAACGAGGAUGGCCCAUUGAUAGAUCUCAUUCGCCAAUAUCCAUGGCUGUAUGAUAAGCAGGAGAAACAAUACAGAAACAAAAAUGCCAAACAGAAUGCUUGGCAGAUGAUCGCAAAUAUUUUGAAAACGAACCCCGAAGAUUGUGAACAGAGGUGGAUAGUUUUGAGAAAUCGCUUCUGCACAGAACUUAGGAAUAUGAAAACCAGACCAUCUGGAAGCGGGGCAACCACUUCAUCUUGGCACCUAUUUGAAGCAAUGAGUUUUUUGAGUGACUUCAUCAUCCCACGAAAAUCAAGAGGGAAUUUCGCUAGGCCUCCACAAAAACACCAGACACAAGCUGAUGUUAAUCAUGUUGACAUAUGGGAUUCAUACUCUACUAUAAUAUAUAAUAAUCAGUCCCAAGAUUCAGACCAGCAAUCAUCUGAUGUUGAGAUGUCUACCCAAGAAACUGAAGGAACUUCUAGCACAGCUUCAUCAAGUACUACUCAACAUAAUUUACCUUCAUGUUCUGGUAUUCAAACAAAGAAUAACCAGAAAAGAAAAGCAAGUGAGGAUGGAGAUGUUAUAACCAAAGAAACUGAAGGAACUACUCAUCAAAAUGUACCUUCAUGUUCUGGUGUUCAAAUGAACAAUGACCAGAGAAUGAAGGUGAACGAGAAGAGAAAAGUUAUGACUGAUAUUGAGAAUACUUCAAAUCAGUUCAUCAAAGAUAAGAAGAAAAAAAAAGAAAAGUAGAAAUGAAAUAGCUGAGCUUGGCAGUGCUCUUCAGGGUGCCCUAACUGAAUUCAGCCAAUACAUGCACACAAAAAAUGAGAAUGUGCAACCUAAGCCACCACAAGAACCAGAAUCCCAAGAUGAAUUAUUCGGAAAGCUAAUUGCAGGAUAUUUAUCUGAAAUCCAAGAAGUCAGGGAGAAGCGCCUUGUCAAAUCUAAGAUUUUGGAGCUAUUCAAUGAAUAUUAGUAGUGUUAAGAGCUUGGUUAAAAGAUAUGUGAUAACAAGAAUUUUGUGAUUUAUUUAAAAUGUUUUUUUUUUAUGAGAAGUCCAGAUUAUGUUUUAAUAUUAUUUAUCUUUUUUUAUCUCAUGUGGAG